AUGGACGAUAAUGUAUUCCAGAAGGCAGAAUCUGAUCUGGAUUAUAUUCAACGCAGACUGGAGUUUGAAAUAACGAAAGGUCUUCCUGAUGAUCUAGCACCAGAGGAAAAUCCAGUUUCUCUCUUGAAAGAGCUCUCAGUGGUGAAGUCUCGUUAUAAAACGUUAUGUAUGCGGCUGGAAAAAGCUUCCAUAGAGCAGAGAGAAGCCAUGAAGGCCAUCCGUGCUGCUCUAGAGAACACAACGAAGAUGGUUGAGGAAUUACAGCAACAUACUGAUCUUAAGCGCAUACCUCUGUCAGAAGAAGAACAGGCUGCAGCACAGCAGUUAACCUGCCAAACUGUUAAAGAAAUGGAAUUGCUAGCGGAAAAGCCGUUUUGUUCAGGAUCGACAGUCCCUGGCUCAACUGAAGAAUUGCAAUUCAAUUGCAAUUCCCCAUUGACUGGGGAAAUGCUUAUGACUGUACCAAUUAAACUAGCAGACUUGAACGAUUUGUACAGGGAGUUAUUUAACCACUUCAUUGUAAAGAAGAACAGAGCGGCGCUGAGUGUUUCACAGAUGAACAAGAUGAAUAUGAAAGCCACCCAUUCAAGAAUACAAAUCUUGAAAGAACUUGCUAUUGUGGAACUUGACCAACAAGGAAAUGUUACGUUAGUUGUGUAA